AAUCGCGGGCAGCCUAUGACAUCAGCCAGGAACGCCUGGGAUGCCGCUGCUCCUGGCCAACCUCCGAGGAGGAGGAGGGUCCUGCCGGCUAAGAGAUAAUUAGCCCCGCACCGCGAGGGGGGAGGCGCCAGUUUUCUGGGGACACUGGCUGCCACUGUACUCCUACCCAGGGGAACUCACGGAGAGUUGGAUGCAUUCUGGGUUGUUAGCUGCGGUCAGCUGGGCUCCCGGGAGCCUGUUCCUGGUGGAAAACAGGGGGCGUCUGGCAAAGGGACCAGCGGCUUCCUGAGACAACAUGACACUUCUGGGGUCUGAGCAUUCUUUGCUGAUUAGGAGCAAGUUCAGAUCAGUUUUACAGUUACGACUUCAACAGAGAAGGACCCAGGAACAACUGGCUAACCAAGGCAUUAUACCACCACUGAAAAGCCCAACUGAAUUCCAUGAACAAAGAAAAACUUUGGAUAGUGACAAGACUGAAAAUUCCCUGAAGCACAAAGCCAGAAGUAGGUCCAACCGUGCCGACUUGGUUAAUAUGCACAUACUCCAAGCCUCGAAUGCAGAGAGGUCCAUUCCAACUGCUCAGAUGAAGCUGAAAAGAGCCCGACUCGCAGAUGAUCUCAAUGAAAAAAUUGCUCUCCGACCAGGGCCACUGGAGCUGGUGGAGAAGAACAUACUCCCUGUGGAUUCUGCUGUGAAAGAAGCCAUAAAAGGUAACCAGGUGAGUUUCUCCAAAUCAGCAGAUGCCUUUGCCUUUGAAGAGGACAGCAGCAGCGAUGGACUUUCUCCAGAUCAGACUCGAAGCGAAGACCCCCAGGGUUCAGCAGGUUCUCCCCAAGACUCUAAAGCUUCAGAGACCCCUUCGGCAGGACCUCUGGGGACAAUUCAGGAUCUUGCUGCCAGCUCAGAAAAAGACAGAAAUGACUCAACCUCACAGACCAGCCACCAGUCAGACACUGGGAAGCAGGGGCUUGGUCCCCCCAGCACCCCUAUUCCCGUGCACACUGCUGUAAAGUCCAAGUCCUUGGGUGACAGUAAGAACCGCCACAAAAAGCCCAAAGACCCCAAGCCAAAGGUGAAGAAGCUCAAAUAUCACCAGUACAUUCCCCCAGAUCAGAAGGCAGAGAAGUCCCCUCCACCCAUGGACUCAGCCUACGCCCGGUUGCUGCAGCAGCAGCAACUGUUCCUGCAGCUCCAGAUCCUCAGCCAACAGCAGCAGCAGCACCGAUUCAACUACCCUGGGAUGCACCAAGCUCAGCUUAAAGAACCAAAUGAACAGAUGGUCAGAAAUCCAAGUUCUUCUUCAACACCACUGAGUAAUACUCCCUUGUCUCCUGUCAAAAACAGUUUUUCUGGACAAACUGGUGUCUCUUCUCUCAAGCCAGGCCCACUCCCACCUAACCUGGAUGAUCUGAAGGUCUCUGAAUUAAGACAACAGCUUCGAAUUCGGGGCUUGCCAGUGUCAGGCACCAAAACGGCCCUCAUGGACCGGCUUCGACCCUUCCAGGACUGUUCUGGCAACCCGGUGCCCAACUUCGGGGAUAUAACAACUGUCACUUUUCCCGUUACCCCCAACACGCUGCCCAAUUACCAGUCCUCCCCUUCCACCAGCGCCUUAUCCAACGGCUUCUACCACUUCGGCAGCACCAGCUCCAGCCCGCCAAUCUCCCCUGCCUCAUCUGACCUGUCAGUCACUGGGUCCCUGCCGGACACCUUCAACGACGCCUCCCCGACCUUUGGCCUGCAUCCAUCCCCAGUCCAUGUGUGCACAGAGGAGAGUCUCAUGAGCAGCCUGAACGGAGGAGGCUCGGUUCCUUCCGAGCUGGACGGAUUGGACUCGGAGAAGGACAAGAUGCUGGUGGAGAAGCAGAAGGUGAUCAAUGAGCUCACCUGGAAACUCCAGCAAGAGCAGAGGCAAGUGGAGGAGUUGAGGAUGCAGCUUCAGAAGCAGAAAAGGAAUAAUUGUGCUGAGAAGAAGCCCCUACCUUUCUUGGCUGUCCCCAUUAAGCAGGAAGAUGCCAACUCCAGCUGUCCUUUUGCAAGCCAGCAAGUAUCUGUGAAAAGACAAAGCAAUGGCUCACCAGCUUGUGAAACUGCUCAACUCCUGCCCCUUGGAAAUACUCAUUGUGCGGAGUCCUCAGGUCAAACCAAUGUACUUUCUUCCACAUUUCUCAGCCCCCAGUGCUCCCCUCAGCAUUCGCCGCUUGGGGCUGUGAAAAGUCCACAGCACAUCAGUUUGCCCCCAUCACCCAACAAUCCUCACUUCCUGCCCUCAUCUUCCGGGGCUCAGGGAGAAGGGCACAGGGUCUCCUCACCCAUCAGCAGCCAGGUGUGCACUGUGCAGAACUCAGGAGCACAUGAUGGCUGUCCUCCAAACUUCUCUCCCCGUUCUUCCAACCUUCACCAGCCCUUCCCUGGAGCCCAGGCAGACAGUGGUCAUGGGGCUGGGAGCAACCCUUGUCCCAAAAGCCCAUGUGUACAGCAAAAGAUGCCUGGUUUACACUCUUCUGAUAAGGUGGGGCCAAAGUUUUCAAUUUCAUCCCCAUCUUUUUCUAAGUCAAGUUCAGCAGCUUCAGAGAUAACACAGCCUCCAUCCUACGAAGAUGCUGUAAAGCAGCAAAUGACUCGGAGUCAGCAGAUGGAUGAACUCCUGGAUGUCCUCAUUGAAAGCGGAGAAAUGCCAGCUGAUGCCAGAGAGGAUCAUUCAUGUCUUCAGAAAGUCCCAAACAUACCCGGGUCUUCCCGAAGCCCAACUGCUGUCCUCCCCAAGUCUUCGGCUUCCUUUGAACAAGCAUCUUCAGGAGGCCAACUUCCCUUUGAUCACUAUGCCACCGACAGUGAUGAGCAUCUUGAAGUCUUACUAAAUUCCCAGAGCCCUUUAGGAAAGGUGAGUGAUGUCGCCCUUCUCAAAAUUGGGAGUGAGGAGCCUCAGUUCGAUGGGAUGAUGGAUGGAUUCUCUGGGAAGGCUGCAGAAGACCUUUUCAAUGCACACGAGAUCUUGCCAGGUCCCCUCUCCCCGAUGCAGACACAGUUUUCACCUUCUUCUGUGGACAGCAGUGGGCUGCAGCUAAGCUUCACUGAAUCUCCUUGGGAAACCAUGGAGUGGCUGGACCUGACUCCACCAAGUUCCACGCCAGGAUUUAGCUCCCUUGCCACCAGUGGCCCCAGCAUCUUUAACAUCGAUUUCCUAGAUGUCACUGAUCUCAAUUUGAAUUCUUCCAUGGACCUCCACUUGCAGCAGUGGUAGAAUGCCUGAUGCAACAGUGCUAAGGAAAACCAAUAGGAAUUCCAUGGGGGAAAGUACACAACCAUACAUAUUUCUUCUAUCCAAAAAAAUGAAGAAGAAGAAGAAGAAGGGAAUUUUUAAAAAGCAGUGGAGACUUCUGUGACAAUCAACAAAUAGGAGUCAUUUAAAAAUAUACAUAAUGUGCUAUUUACCAGCAUUCAGUAACUGUUAUGAUUUCAACAAUGUACUCAAAAAUGUGCUUUCUCAGAUUAAGGAUGCCAAAAAAAAU